AUGCCGCUGGGCCUGAAGCCCACUUGCAGCGUCUGCAAGACCACGUCGUCCUCCAUGUGGAAGAAGGGUGCGCAGGGGGAGAUCCUCUGCCACCUCUGCACAGGCCGGGGCGGCGCAGGCGGCGGCGGCUCCUGCCCAGGGGCGGCCGGCGGCGCAGGGGGCGGCGGCGGCGGCGGCGGCGGCGGGGGCGGCUUCGGCGCCACGACUUUCGCCAGCACCUCGGCCGCCCCUCCGCAGAGCAACGGGGGCGGGGGCGGCAAGCAGAGUAAGCAGGAAAUUCACAGGAGGUCCGCUCGGCUCAGAAACACUAAAUACAAAUCUGCUCCAGCUGCUGAAAAGAAAGUUUCCACUAAAGGGAAAGGGAGAAGACAUAUUUUUAAAUUAAAAAAUCCCAUCAAAGCUCCUGAGUCUGUUUCCACCAUAAUCACUGCAGAAUCAAUCUUCUACAAGGGAGUCUAUUACCAGAUUGGAGAUGUUGUUUCUGUAAUUGAUGAACAAGAUGGAAAGCCCUACUAUGCUCAGAUCAGAGGUUUUAUCCAGGACCAGUACUGUGAGAAGAGUGCGGCGCUGACGUGGCUCAUUCCCACCCUGGCUAGCCCCAGGGACCAGUUCGACCCUGCGUCCUACAUCGUGGGACCAGAGGAGGAUCUUCCAAGGAAGAUGGAAUACUUGGAAUUUGUCUGUCAUGCACCUUCUGAAUAUUUCAAGUCACGUUCGUCACCAUUUCCCACAGUUCCCACCAGACCAGAGAAGGGCUAUAUAUGGACUCAUGUUGGACCUACUCCUGCAAUAACUAUUAAGGAAACAGUUGCCAACCAUUUAUAG